AUGGGUGAAUGGGAUUUCCUUGGGAGACUUCUGGACAGAGUCCAGACGCACUCCACCGUGGUGGGGAAAAUUUGGCUGACCGUCCUGUUUGUGUUUAGGAUUCUGGUCCUCUGCACAGCCGCAGAGAAAGUUUGGGGCGACGAGCAGUCGGACUUCAUCUGCAACACCGAACAGCCCGGUUGCGAGAACGUGUGUUACGACAAGGCCUUCCCCAUUUCCCACAUUCGCUUCUGGGUCCUUCAAAUCAUCUCCGUGUCCACGCCCACUCUGGCCUACCUGGGCCACGUUGUCCACGUCAUACACGUAGAGAAAAAAGUGAGAGAGAUGAUGAAAAAAGAGCUUCGAAAUGAGCAAAUCAACCAGUUCCUGAAGAAAGGCUACAAGCUUCCCAAGUACAGCAGCGACGAGGGGAAAGUCAACAUUCGCGGUCGUCUCCUGAGGAGCUACAUUCUCAGCGUGUUUUGUAAGAUACUUCUCGAGGUUGGAUUCAUCUUUGGGCAGUACUAUAUUUACGGCUUCACUCUUGAGGCCCAAUACGUUUGUCACCGUUUCCCAUGUCCUCACAAGGUGGACUGCUUCUUGUCAAGGCCCACGGAGAAAAGCAUCUUCAUUUGGUUCAUGCUGGUGGUGGCCUGCAUCUCCUUACUCUUGAACGUGAUCGAGAUCUUUUAUCUCUUUGUGAAAAAGAUCAACGAGUGUCUCAGUCGGAAGCGAGACUACACCGUCACUCCCGUGACCCCGGUGGUGAACAAGAAGGACUUCAAGAACAAAGAUCAGGUCAUCCAGAAUUGGAUGAACCGUGAGAUUGAACUUCAGAGGGCAGAACACGGGAAUGAGGCAACCAAAAGCCUGAGGUCAGAGGACCAUAGCGUUGACAUACAAGAGGUCCAUAUCUGAUCGACAGGUCUUGGUACAUAUAGCCUUUCACACGGUCAACUUGAGUAAACAACCACUAAUACAAGUGACUCGUGCUUGGUCGAGAUCUCCCCCAAUUUUGAAGUUCAACAACCUGCAUGCUUACUUUGUUUGUCCAUGAGAAUUUCUAUUAAAGUUUUAA